UUUAUAACUUAGUGAGAGUGAAAGUCAGAGUGACUGAGGAUAAUACAGUUCAGUAACUGAUACUCCGUCUUUUACGCUCCUACAACCACCACUUGUCCAUUUCAUUUUCUUCUUUCUUUUCUACUCCUCAUCAUUGCAACUACACUUCUCCACAUUAUUAUUGUAUUCAAUUCACCCUCCUUCAUCAUUUCUUUCAUAAAUUUCAAAACUAAGUAAACAAGUUGUUUUGGGUUCAAAUCCUGACUAGUGUAGGUGUCGUGAUUUUAAGAGUAGAGCGGAGGAGAUUGUGUGUGUUUUGGAGUUGAAAAAAACAUAUGGGGAAACCUUGGCUACUAUACAAGGUUACCGGUUCCGGUAUUUGUCAUACUAGUGGUUCAUCAGCUUCCACAACCAACAUAAAGUCCAACACAAUAUCAAGCAAAAGAGAUGGUUGCAUGAGUACCAUUUUUCAUAUGUUUCAUCAACCUUCUUUCAUCAAUACCCCUCAAGAAUCCACCAUUAUCCUCAAAGGUAUGGAAGCACCAAGAAACAGCUUGGAGUUUGAGGAACAAAAACAAGAACAAGAACAAAAACCCAUGGUUAAAGAAGUUGGUUCAUUUUCAUCUAAACUUAACCAAGAAACAAACUUUAACAUCCCUAUGGGUGGAAUUCAAAUAAAAACAAAGAUAACAAGAUUAACAGAAGAUGUAUCAUCAGAAUGUAGCAGCACCUCACCUAGUACAAAAACACCUAAUCUUGUUGCAAGAUUAAUGGGUCUUGAUCUUCUUCCAGACUAUUCAUCUCCAAGAUCUUCUUUAACUUCUCCAAGACCAUCUUCUUCCUCUUAUAAAAAAAAUAUUACCCGGUCAUUACCCGCGACACCGAGGAUAUCGACGGCUGCCAGACCGUCUACGGAGAACGAUGAUCAUCAUCAUCGCCUUUCGCUCCAAAUCAUUGAUGAGAGUACAAGCGAGUAUGCGAAGAAGAUUGCAAAACAAGUAAGGGAAAAUAUUAGUAGGAGAGUUGGUGUGGAUAUUACAAAUAAUGUGAAGAAAAGAGAACAAAGAAGAGAUGAGCAUCUUGUAGUGCUCAAACCAAAGAGACAAUCACAACCAUUGACUGCAAAAGCCACCGGUAAAUCAAGAAAUCUUGAUCAAGGGCAUAGACGCGGAAAAGAAAAUGAACCAUUAGCACUUUCUUGCUCACCAAGGAUGAGAAUCAUGAACAUUGAGAACAAACCCAAUUCAAAUUCACCAAAAUGUACACCAUUAGCAUCAUGUUCAAAAGUUAUCAAAGGUCCAACAUCAGCAACCACAAAAUCACCGCCAUUGAUGAAAGUGGAGAAAUGCAAGAGAAUUACAAGUGAAAAAUAUGAUAUGAGAUUGAAAAAUAUGCACCGACAAGAAGAACCAUUUGUGAAGAAAUGCAACAAGAAGUCAACUCCAUUGUCAAACCAUCUUGUGAAUGUCAACACUACAACAAAGUUCACCUCUUUAAAGAAAGAGAUGGUGUCCACUUCCUCAACAAUAUUUCCUCAAAAACAACGUAGUAAAGGACUCCUUAACUGGAUGGUCAGGGCUAUUGCGUUUGAGGAGGAGGCGGUGGAGCUGGUGACGGAGAUUGAGCGGGACGUAGUCGACACGUUGGUUGAUGAGAUGGUAGAGAUAAUAUGGCACGUUGGAUAAGGUCACGUGAGGGGUCAAAAAGAAAAAAAAAAAUAUUUGGCAGCUAAAAUAAUGGCUUAAGAAGAAGGGACACAAAGACCAGCAAGACCAACAAAAAGUCAUUUUUAAGAUUGUUUCUUUCAUUUUGUCAACCUCGUAUUGUAUCAAUUAUAUUAUAUUAU